UUUUUUUUUUUCUGCGCGCUGUUCCAGUAGUUGGAGUUCUUGUACAACCCGAGCGCGUGAAGGGAGAGAGGGAGCAGCUGAGUGCGCAAACAGAGGCAGAAACAUUAGGUUAUCUCCUGACACUAUCAGACCUGUCACUUUUACCGCGCGCAGGCAAGUCCUGUCUUCUCCGAGAAGUCCACAGCAGCAAGAAGGGAGAGCCCUCUGGUCCUGGUCCGGUCUGCUGAGCUCGCGCAACCGCCUGCCCUGUCUGUCUGUCUGUCUGCGGGUGAAGCGAAGAAGUCCCGAACGCGCUCGUCUCAGCGGGCAUGAGCUAACCUACGAGUCGGACAUGGAGACCAAACCGUUCCUGUCAUUGGGGUUUUUGAAGCCCCAGUGCUCAUUGGCUCCUCCCAUGCAGCGAGGUCGUUCGUCAGAGGCAUGUUCGUGUUUCAGCGGAAUGUGUCCCCUCCAUCAGCGACGCCUGUCCUCAGAUUCAUCGGGACAGAUGACCUCAUCUCCCCUGGGCUCGCCGACAUCCCACCGAGGAAUGCACCCCCCUUUGCUGAGCCCAACCUCCAUGGGGCCCUCUGGCUCUUUGCACUCUCCUAUCAGCACCCUGAGUUCACCGAUGAAUGGCCUGGCGUCUCCGUUCUCUGUUAUUAGCUCCCCCAUGGGACCUCACUCUAUGAACUCACCUGGCAUGGGAUACGGGCCCAGCGUAAGCCCCCAGAUGUUUCAGCUGAACUCUCCGAUGAACUCGGUCAGCAGCACGGAGGACAUUAAGCCCCCGCUGGGCCUCAAUGGUGUGAUGAAGGUUCCAGCCCAGCCCUCGGGCACCAUCCUGUCACUCACUAAACACAUCUGCGCCAUCUGCGGCGAUCGCUCUUCAGGAAAACACUACGGCGUGUACAGCUGCGAGGGCUGCAAAGGCUUCUUCAAAAGGACGGUGCGCAAGGACUUGACCUACACCUGUCGCGACAACAAAGACUGUGUGAUCGAUAAACGCCAGAGGAACCGCUGUCAGUACUGCCGCUACCAGAAGUGUUUAGCCAUGGGCAUGAAGAGAGAAGUUUUGUUACAUGCAGCCGUUCAGGAGGAGCGCCAGCGGGCCAAGGAGAAGAGUGAGAACGAGGUGGAGUCCACCAGCUGCGUGAACGAGGACAUGCCCGUGGAGAAGAUCCUGGAGGCCGAGGAGGCGGUGGAGCCCAAAACCGAGACCUACAUYGAGAGCAACCUUGGUGUGCCGUCCAACUCGCCCAACGACCCGGUGACGAAUAUCUGUCAGGCAGCUGACAAACAGCUCUUCACCCUGGUGGAGUGGGCCAAGAGGAUCCCCCACUUCUCCGAGCUGCCGCUGGACGACCAGGUCAUCCUGUUACGAGCAGGUUGGAAUGAGCUCCUCAUUGCAUCAUUCUCACACCGUUCGAUCGCUGUCAAGGAUGGGAUUCUGCUGGCGACGGGGCUGCACGUCCACCGCAACAGCGCCCACAGUGCAGGGGUGGGAGCCAUCUUUGACAGAGUGCUCACAGAGCUGGUGUCAAAGAUGAGAGACAUGCAGAUGGACAAGACCGAGCUGGGGUGCCUUCGAGCCAUCGUUCUUUUCAACCCAGAUUCUAAAGGCCUGUCCAACCCAGGUGAAGUGGAAGCCCUGAGAGAAAAAGUCUACGCGUCUUUAGAGGCUUACUGCAAACAGAAGUACCCCGAACAGCCGGGCAGGUUUGCUAAGCUUUUGCUACGGUUACCAGCCCUGCGCUCCAUCGGGCUCAAGUGUCUGGAGCACCUGUUCUUCUUCAAACUGAUCGGCGACACGCCCAUCGACACCUUCCUCAUGGAGAUGCUAGAAGCCCCUCAUCAAAUGACAUAAUAGCAGUAAAUCCUCCCCAAAUCCCACCCGGACCACCACCCAUCCACCGUCCCGCCCCUCUCCUCCCUGAGUCGAGGACAAGAUCACAACAAGACUCUGGGUGGACCCUGCCCUCCUCCCCACCUCUUCAUCCCCUCCGUCCACCUGACUUUCUUAGAUGGGUUUUAAAAAGGAGACAUCCAUGAAACUUUGUACAAAUCUAUAAAUAAGAAGUAAAUACAUAUAUAUAAAGAUGAGACAACAGCAACACGAGUGACAGCGGGGGAUUGAAACGAGGACGACAGAAUUAUUGAGCCACCGUUCUCUUCCCUGAAAACCCCGCCCACAACAUAAAAAGCAGGGAUGAUCAGGUCUUAAUGCCCUCAGUGAAACCUACACCAAAAACUGAUGAUGUCACAAACGGGACAAUCCUAGACUUUUAUUUUAUUUUUAUUUUUUGGAGCCUCUGGACUGUUUUUGGACUUGAGCCUGAGCCUGCUUCAUCAGGAACAGAUAAACAAAAGAAGGUGGGGGCGAAACAAAACAAAAUACAUCCAUCUGCUCAACGGAGCGUGUCUACUCGGUCCGACUCACAUGUCAGAUUUUGCACUAGCUGUUUUUUUUUUUAAUUGUAUUUUUUUUUAAGCGUGAGCUUGCCGAAGCAGAACUCAAAAAGGUGGCUUCAGGAGAUCCGCAAGUUCUCACAAAGCUCAGGUCUCCGCCCAAUUCCAACCGAUCCGCCCACGUCUUACUGUAUGAACACUGUGCUCCGUCGGGGGAGGACGUCUCAUCAGUCCACCGAUCAAACAGCAGCCCCGUCGACUACAACUCACAGCGACUCGCUGCACCCAGAAGCUAAUCAGAAUUAGCUUCAUGCUACGCGAGCGCCGCCGGAGUCUCUGGAAGACUCUCGUCAGACGCGUCUCCCCCCCGGUGGUCCCGGCAGCCUGGCUGGAGAAGUGACUCCACGGUUUUCAAAUAAGAGGAAAUGCUCUUUUUUGCUUUUUGAGUUGACGUCCUCCCCUGCCUCUCAUUUCACGUCAGUUUUAUCGCAGCAGAAACUCACCUUCCCACCAACGCCUCAGAACUACCUGGAUAAAAAGCUCCAGCCGCAACACAGUAUUGAAACCAGUUCACUCUUACGGCAGCAMUGCACAAAUACCUCCAUCUCCAUCACUCGUACACUCAUUUAGACGUCAUUUAUACGCAGGAGAAGCGCUUUGUUUUGCUGCAGCAGAGCCGUGAUUGUUUGUUUGUUUGUUUGUUUAUUUGGCACUUAACCUCAUGACAGUGGAGUCUGGUUUCUUGAACGGUGUGAUCGACCUCUGAGGUGGAUCUAAUUAUUGUUUUUUUUUUCUGUUUGUCAGAGCGCCUCUGUAUCUUUUCCUCCUCACAGGAUCCCUCACUCUGUGCACUUCUCCAGACAACCAAGUGUCAAUCAAGUUGAACUGAAACGUUUAAGAUCUUUAUCAUGCAGAGAUGUGUUUUAUUGUUUUAUUUCCUGCUUUCUCUCUCUCUCUAUCUCUCUAAAUGCUGCAGCUGCUUCAAAACUAUGCAUCGCGUGCAUUUCCAAAGAUUGUCCACUGAGCAGCUUCGUCGGUCGUGUUUAUGAGGCGGGCGUCCACGUUUCUUCACACGUUUGAUUUUUUUUUUUCCAUCCUGUUCUGGUUUAUYCUCCCUCGACUAAAGCGAACCUCGGUGUGUCUUAGUGGCUUUCAGCAGAACUUAAUAUUCAUUUUAACAGAAUAUAUUCACCGCAACACUA